UCAAUGAAGACGUGAUUGUUCAUGCGCUGCAACUUGCAGACGGUCCCUCAGCGCAGCAGACUCGCUUCUCUCUCUACAGCUCCCACAGCCGUCUCACUUUUCGUGUAUAGGCUAGUGCACACUGAGCACUCGUGAACUCGCUACUUCGGCGUUCACUGCACGGUUUUGCCAGGGAUUUCAUGGUUACUGAUCGUUUCACGUGCACUCCCAGUCUCCACAUCAUUUGGCUCCUCUGGCCACUUUCUUCAUUUACACUGCAGGCACCCGGUGGGCAACGUUUCAGAUUUACGGAAAGUGUUUUUAAUGAUAUGCAAAUUGCCUUGCGGUUGACUUCGAUGUUGCGCGUUAAUACUUUUACAGAAGUUUCUUCAGUUUCAAUAUAACAUUUUCCUCUGCCGCAUCCUGUCGCGAGGUUGCGUGCAGGCAACGCGCGACGGAUUAAAUGGAUUAAUUACCACAUCUUCACCUCAGUUUUCAAACAACUGGCAGAUAUAUAUUAGUUUGUUUGGAGGCGCUUCUCUCAAAGCGGUUAUAAAAAUGAGCAAAAUAAACACCGAGGAGGACAGUCAACAAGAAAACGGGGAUCUAAGCAGCAAGGACUCGGACCGUCAGUUUCGUCUGAGACUGUGCGUUUUAAAUGAGAUAUUGAACACUGAACGGGAUUACGUGAGAAAUUUGGCAUUUCUGCAGUCGGCUUUUCUCCAGAGAAUUAGGCAGACCUCAGAAAACCAACAAUGUCUCACUCCAGAGCAGGUCAAGAUCUUGUUUUCCAACAUUGAGUCCAUUUUGGAGGUCCAUUCUGACUUUCUUUCCACUCUGGAUGCCAGUUUGCAGCCUGAACCCCAGGCGCACCAUUCUCUCGGACAUGUGUUCCUCCAGUUUAGGGACCGUUUCUCAGUGUAUGGGGAGUACUGUAGUAACCAUGAGAAAGCACUAAGACUACUGAUGGAGCUUAACAAGAUCCCUCAUGUACGGACUUUCCUGCUGCACCUCAUGUUGUUAGGAGGUAAGAAGAGCACAGAUGUUCCUCUUGAGGGGUAUCUUCUCUCUCCCAUCCAGAGGAUCUGUAAAUACCCUUUGCUACUGAAGGAACUUUUGAAGAGGACCCCUAAGAAGCAUUCAGAUUACCCUGCAGUAGAAGAGGCCCUGCAGGCCAUGAAAGCUGUGUGCUGCAACAUCAACGAGACCAAGCGACAGAUGGAGAAACUAGAGGCUCUUGAGAUAUUACAGUCACACAUAGAGGGCUGGGAGGGGACAAACUUGACUGAUAUUUGCACGGAACUGCUGCUCCAAGGUAACCUGUUGAAGAUAUCAGCUGGAAACAUCCAGGAACGAGUCUUCUUUCUGUUUGACAACCUCUUAGUCUACUGCAAGAGGAAGUCCCGAGUGUCUGGGAAGAAAUCCACCAAAAGGACGAAAUCCAUCAAUGGGCCGCAGUAUGUGUUCAGAGGCCGCAUCAACACGGAGGUCAUGGAGGUCGAGAAUGUGGAAGACGGAACUGCGGACUAUCACAGUAACAACUACACGGUGACCAAUGGCUGGAAGAUUCACAACACGGCCAAAAACAAGUGGUUUGUGUGCAUGGCCAAGAACGCUGAGGAAAAGCAGAAAUGGCUAGACGCCAUUUUAAAGGAACGUGAACAGAGAGAGAGUUUGAAGCUCGGGAUGGAGCGUGAUGCCUACGUCAUGAUCGCAGAGAAGGGAGAGAAGCUGUACCAUAUGAUGAUGACCAAGAGCCGCCACCUCAUCAAAGAUCGACGCAGGAAACUCACCAUUGUACCCAAAUGCUUCUUGGGAAAUGAAUUUGUCUCAUGGCUCUUGGAGAGUGGAGAGAUCAGUAAGGCUGAGGAGGGAAUCAACCUGGGUCAAGCUCUCCUGGAGAACGGCAUCAUCCAUCAUGUGUCAGAUAAGCACCAGUUCAAGAACGAGCAGGUGUUGUAUCGCUUCCGUUACGAUGACGGCACUUAUAAAGCCAGGAGUGAAAUGGAGGACAUCAUCUCAAAGGGAGUGAGACUUUACUGUCGUCUCCACAGUCUCUUCACACCUGUUAUCAAAGACCGAGAUCAUCAUCUUAAAACCUUCAAAUCUGUCAUACCAGCCUACAAACUGGUGGAAUGGCUUGUGUCACAGGGUGACAGCACAUGCCGUGAGGAUGCGGUGACCCUCGGUGUUGGACUCUGCAAUGCUGGUUUCAUGCACCACGUUCUGGAGAAAAGCGAAUUUAAGGAUGACUCGCAGUUUUUCCGCUUCUAUGCCGAUGAGGAGACUGAGGGUACGAGCUCCAAGAGUAAACAGCUUCGCAGUGACUUCAAACUCAUCGAGAACAUCCUUGCCAAAUCCUUAGUGAUCCAUCCUGAAGAGGAGGACUAUGGGUUUGAGAUCGAAGAGAAGAACAAGGCCAUCGUAGUGAAGAGUGUGACCAGGGGCUCAUUUGCAGAGAUGGCAGGCCUGCAGUCGGGAAGAAAGAUCUACUCCAUUAAUGAGGACCUGGUGUUUCUGAGGCCCUUUUCUGAGGUGGAGACCAUGAUCAACCAGUCCUUCUGUAUACGCCGUUCCCUCAGACUGCUGGUGGCCACCAAGAACAAAGAGAUUGUGAAGAUUCCGGAUGUUCAUGGCAUUCUUCCGUUUGUUCUCUGCGGUUCUUGUCCACCUUACGUUCAUGCAGUGAAAAAAGGCUCUGAGGCAGCAGCAGUGGGUCUUCAGCCUGGUCAGUGUGUGCUUAAAGUCAAUGGCAACAACAUGAACCAGAGCAGUUACCGGGAAGUCUUGGAGCACUUCAGUGGCCAUCAGCCUGUCCUGGAGCAGCAAGACACGUGCUGUGGUCAGUGGGCGUACCGUGUGUAUGAGGAUGUGGAAGAGCAGAUGUCUUUCAGGGGUUGUGAGAAUGGCUCAGAUUCAGAGGAUGGCUGCACUAAUGGAACAGGCUCUGUAAGAAGGCUGGAACUGUUGUCCAUCUCUGACGAUGUUCCUUCGGUCAGUCUGAAUGUGGAUAAUGUUCAUGUGGAACAUGGUGUUGUGUACGAGUACGUCAGCACAGCAGGGAUCAAACAUUGUGUUCUGGAGAAGAUGGUGGAACCCAAGGGCUGCUUCAACCUCGCUGCAAAGAUACUGGAGGCCUUUGUGAAGGACGACAGUCUGUUUGUAAAGAGCUGUCGGCAGCUAAUGGCUCAGAAUGAGAAGGUGGUGACGAUGCCACAGUUUGAGUUUCGAAACAUCUGUGACACCAAGCUGGAGAGCAUAGACAAACGCAUUUUCAGCUACAAGCAGUUUGUGGAGGAAUUGCAGACAAAGGCCUGGCCCACGUUUAAGCAGGCGAGCACUAAACCUCACGUUCUUGGCUGCAUGGACUUUGUCCCUACAAACUGUCACCUGAACCUGAUGCAGGUGUCCUGCCCAAAGAACACCUCCUCAGCCGGACGGGCCUUCAGCAUCCGCUUUGGACGCAAGAACUCCUUCUUUGGCCUUGAUCCUGACCAAGCCAAUCUGAAUCCCAUGUCCCACGCUGUGCACUGUGUGACCAGCAUGGCGGCCCCCUCCUGGAGUUGCCUUAGUUUGGAUGAAGAGACAGAGGAGGGUGAGGGGAGCACGGAGGACGGCAGGAAGCAUGAAGAGGGAGGUCUCAGUUUCCUCCUCAAACAGGAAGACACAGAGAGCCAGGACAAUUACAUCUGCCUCUACAACCGCCUGGACAUUUCAGUGCGAGAGAUGAAGCAAUACGUGGCCCAGAUAGAUGUACUUCUGUCAUCGAUAACUGGACCGACCCAGCCACAGGGCUCAGAGCCACCCUCGUUUGAGAGCGCCCCCUCAACCUCUCCCAUACCGGAGGAGACGGACCAAGACAAGACGGAGCAUGGUGGGAACAAGAGAGUGUGCUUCAAAGUGAAUGAAGACGAUCAGGAGGACUCUGGACAUGACACCAUGAGCUACAGAGACUCAUACAGUGAGUGUAACAGUAACCGGGACUCAGUGCUGUCAUACACCAGCGUCCGGAGCAACAGUUCUUACCUGGGCAGUGAUGAGAUGGGCUCAGGAGAUGAGUUGCCAUGUGAUAUGCAGAUCCCUUUUGACAAGCAGGAUAAACUACACGGAUGUCUGGAACACCUUUUCAAUCAGGUUGACUCUAUCAACAGCCUCCUGAAGGGCCCUGUCAUGAGCAAAGCUUGCGAGGAAACCAAGCAUUUUCACACCGACCACAGUCAGCCAGAGUUUCGGCACACAGAUGACUGGACUGUACGUUGGCGGCACGUGUUGCACAAGAACAUCCAGGAGGACCCUUGGAACCUGCCCAUUUCAAUCAAAUCUCUAAUUAACAGCCUUCAUCGCUUUGUAGAGGAUGGAAGGAGUCAACUCUUGUUGGCCCUGCUUAAAUGCACUGACACAGAACUCCAGUUGCGGCGGGAUGUCAUAUUCUGCCAGUCCCUGGUGGGGGCGCUGUGUGCAUUGGCGGAGCAGCUUGUGAGCGCACUGAACCUGCGUUUCAACAAUAACGGAGAGUAUGAGGAGGACAGUAAAGAGGUGAGCCGUAAAUGGCUGGAGCAGAUCGCCGCCAUCGGAGUGCUCUUCAACUUCCAGUCAACACUCUCACCACAUGUGAGAGAAGAGCGAAUCAUGCUGGAAGAUACAAAAGCAGCACUGCAGGAUCUGGAGAAAGUCACGGUGCUGUUUCGCCCACUGGAGAACGAGUACCUCGUCCCAAACACAUCUGUGCAUUACCAGGUGGAAGGCAGUCGGCAGGCCAUCAGGGUGACAAUGUUCCUGGACAACUGUCAUUUCAGUGAGCUGCCAACAAGACUGCAAAACGGAGGCUCUUUGAAGCUUCAAUCAGUCCUCUUCACUAGAGGGCUGGAGAAGCCAGAGGGUGUGGUGUCUCAGGAUUUUGUUGCCAUGGAAGAGUUUCAGCAGCGCACAAAUGCUCUGUCACUGGAGAAGGUCAAAAGUUAUUACCGCAAACUCAGGGCUUUUUAUCUGGAGAAAUCAAAUUCAGACUCAAAUUCCACAGCCAUGAAAAUAGACCAGCUCCUCCGGCCACUCAACACCUUGGACGACCUCUGUCGGCUCAUGCAGUCAUAUAUGAAUGUAAAACCGGGCUCUGCGGGUCAGCCCUCUGGUGUCAGUGUUCUGCUGGUGUCCUCCGAGCUCUGCAACCGGCUGGGGGCCUGUCAAAUCACCAUGUGUGCCACUGGGAUGCAGAGGUGUACUCUUACUGUGUCAUUGGAGCAGGCCAUUACUCUAGCCAGAAACCACGGCCUCAUGCCCCGCUGCCUAAUGCAGACCAUGGACAUCAUGCGUAAACAGGGUACCAGAGUGGAGAUUUCUGCCAAAAAUCUCAGAGUAAUGGACCAGAUGCCACCUUUUGCUCCCAGGCUCUUCAGGUUGUGUUUACCCCCCUCUGAUGGAGAUCUUUGAAUGAAGUGAUGUCCGUCUCUCAGGCCUUCUAGAUUCUGGGAGAUAUCAAGACUGGCUUAUUAUUUUGAGACUAUGCCUCAGCACAUCUCAACUCCCGCCCCAGCCUCAUCCAGAGAGGUCCGGCUAAGGUCAACACGAUGAGGAAUGAAAAGAGUCCGGCCGCCUUUAUUGCCUGCUCUGGCAGCUGAGAAAAUCGCUAAUGCUAACGAUGCUAAUCUUAGUGUCUGCCCACAUUGCGACAUUGUUUGGUCUCCUAAUGGAUCAGGACUGGCAUGUGAAUGGCUAAAUCUAGGCUGUAUUAUCUCUUCCUUUGCCGUUGACUGCAAUCUUGUGUCAGAAAAGUAGGGUGGUUUGGUCUGGAUGGCGACGUUAAGUUCAGAUAUGUGGUGAUUAUGUGCAAUUACUGUAGCUUAGCAUGAGUGUGUCUGCUGUGUCAUGAAAGGUGGUGCCCUCAGAGAGUUAUUGCUUUUCUCCCACUUGUAUCAGGUAUUAAGAAAGUACUGAAAUCAUUCCAGCCUACAUGGACCAGUUUCAAAAUCUUAAUUCUUAUCCGUUGUCGUGUUUAAUUGUGUUUUAUUCUGUUUAACAGCACAGUUUUAUUGUGAACUUCUAUCAACAACGCAUUUAAAGGAUAACAGGGAAACAGACAGAGGCUGUCAGCUUCUCAAACAGUACAGAAACAUAGACCUGCAUACAAAAUACAAGAUUUCACUGUAAUCAGAAUGUUGAUAUAUGUUGACUGAAACAACUUAUUGAUCAACUUACAAAAAUUUACAAUAAUGUCUGCUCGUCCCUGGUGUAUAGCACUUUGAAUCAAUGCCGUGUUACAGUGCGUGACUGUUCUGGGGAGCUGCUUUAUGCGGCUGUUUGGAAAAGCACAAUAAAAAAAAGCUUGUGUUCUUCAGUGUUUGUUAAACGUAAUGUACAUUGUAAAAGAAACGCAAAGGGAUCAUUUGAAGAAUGAAUAGAUAUAGUAGAAUUUUAUUGAAGUUUUGUAUUUAGGUAAAUAUAUAUGUAUCAGAGGGAUAAGCAUAUGCUCUUUGGGAACAGCAGUGCUAUAAUUUAAAGAGUAUUAAUAAUGUUAAAACAAAUAUAAUAUUGUACAUCUUUCAUUUUGUAUACUUAAUGUAUAUUUGGAUAGGAAACUUUCUUGUGCUUUUACACAAUGCAUUCAGUAUUUAAAUUUCUAACUGCGGCUGUGUGGUCAGUAACCGAGUAGGCCUGGAUUAGUUUAGUUAGUUAAGCUAGUAUACGGGGCUUUUGUCAUUUUGUUUUUUGUUGUUACGUUCAGUAAUCCUGACAGUUGACAUUAUUUGCUCAAAUUUGACAAUUUUAGAGAAAGAAGCAAAGAUUUGAGUAAAUAUUGUCACUUUAGUGACAAUAAUGCAACAAAGCAUAAUGUAAUAAUCUUAUUCAGGUGUUCAUCAUCUUGUUUUUAUUGUAGCUCAGAACACGUCAGUGUCUGCUACAUGCAUGGAAGUUAGAGUUUUACGUGUAUUGAUGAUAAAAUAUUUUAGAAAUAAUACUUGAAUUUAUGCUAAUAAAUUUUUUUUUUUUCAUACAGUAUAUAUCCAAAUUGAAGGCUAGUGCUGGUAAAAUGCACAUGUAUUAUUAAUUGGAUUUUAACAUUUUAUUUGGUCCUCAAAGCAAACUGGAAACAAGUGUUUUUAAUCCACAGAAUCUGUGCAGUUUGUUUAUUGUAUGUUUUGAUGGUCCUCAUUGUUGCUUGUUUCUAUGCUUUAUAAUGUCCACAUGAAUCUUAUCAUUUCUGUAUGAUAAACCUAAAUCUAGUAAAACCCAAAGACGUAGCAUUAGCAUUAGCAUGUUCCUAUCACUGUAUAUUAAAAUCUCAGGUUUCUGCACCAUCUUGGUCCAUUAUUGUGCGAUUAGCUUCCCAUUUCAAAAGUUGUCAUGACUGUACAAUUUAACAUCACUAAUGAAUCAGCCGAAACAUAGUAUGCACGCAUUGAAUUUUUUUUUUCUUCUUAAACUAUUGUCCUGUUUUCAGUACUAUUUUAUGUUUAUAUCGCCAAUUUUUAACUUCUUGCCUCAAAUUCAAGUGUACUUUUAGCUCAAAGAGCGGAAAAUAUUCAAUGGUGCUCGCAAAUCAAGCCUUUCUUUUGGGGGCCUUAGUUUGUUAGCCUUUACCUCCUUUUUUUUUUUUUUUUUUUUGAUUUCAAAAUCAUUUUCUUAAUCUUCCAGAUUCUGAUUGUUCCUAAUAAUAAGAGCAGUUUAAUCAAAACCUCACUGGUGGAGUGAAGGAGUAGAUCUAAUCUGCAUCUGCAAGUAUUUAACUUAUAGUUUAUAUUAAUGUUUGACUGUGAAGUCUCUCUGUGUCUUUCAUGCUGUCCUGAACUGUGCAUUAUGGAUCUUACAUUUUUCCCUACUGGUAAUGUAAGCAUAUAUCCAGGUGUUUUUAACUCGACGUUGAAUUAAAAGCAUUGUAUAAAGUUCUCCUUUCCUAUAGGUAAUGUAAUAAUAUGUCUUAUAUAUUUCGAUCCUCCAUGAGUAGAAUUGAGAUAAAACCGAGGACCUGUGGUAAAUAAAUCCAGGGGCCCCAUAUAGCCUCAGAAUUGUCUAGUCUCGGAUGUAAAUUGUCUUGUACCCCAAAGCUCAAUGUGUUUCCCUCUUUUGACAUGAUUUCAUAGCACCCUUCAGUCUGACUGGAGUAAACAAUUAGUUCUCUUAAUGAAGCUCUGUUAGGUUUGUCUUUAUGCUGUAUUUAAUGCAUUGCUAAUAUCAAACAAAAUAAAAGAGUAUCUGUUUAUAAAUUA